UGUUAACUUCAUUCAUUGCUCUGGCUUUUUUUAUUUUAGCCAGGAACCUCUUCACCUUGGAAGUAUUUUUUGAGUCUUUCUUUUUUCUCCAGCUGAAAAGUUAAAAUGGCGCCCUCGCCUGUCGAGAGAUCUCUUUCAAUGACGGAUAUUGAAGAGCUCACACGGCAUUGUCGCACCACUUUUAGCGGGAAUUUUCCUGUGCCGUUUGACCUUUCUGCAGCUGUUGGUUCUGGUGACAAGAAAGACAUCUUUAAAAUCGUCCGACCAAAGAUCCGAAAGUUCAAGAGUCACAAGAGUGUUGGUGUCUAUAGCGUAAGAAAAAUUUGUUGCUUAUGGGCGCAACCAUUAAGGACGACCAAAAGCUGUGAAAGAUUUGCUUCAAAGGAAGUCAACGGAAGUUCAGGCAGCGGGGAUAAUAACGGCGGUUCACCGCUGAGAAGUGAUCUACGACCUGUUGUAAAAUUUUAUUUUGACACGUCAACAGAAUCUAAAGAUGAAAGGAUCACCACUUCAACUUCCAAAAGUAUGAAGUCGCCAGUUGGCAGAACAGAUUUAAUCAUUUUUAUGUUUUGGUUUUUUAGGCCGGGGUCCAAAACCUUUUCAUGUCGAAAGCAAGCAACAAGCGAAGGUAAAGCGUAUUUCCUCGGCAAAACAAAAAGUUUAACACUUCUACCUCACUUGACGUCAGGCCUGAGGUCUGAACACUCCACCUGUCAACGAGUGGCGUCCGAUGUUGUCGUCAAGUUUCCUGAGAAGUCGGUACUUUUACUGGCACAAGACGAAGACGAAGAAAUGCUACUGAAACUAUCGUCAUCCAGUGUUGUAACACCGCGACGGAAAGGUGACAGUGGAGUACAGAUCAAUGAUGGAGCCGUGCUAAGCUGGAGACCGAGCGAUCUGAAUGGAUCUGUGCCAUCCAUCCCUUCAGCUGGUAGUACACUGUUUUCUAAUCAAGUUCAUGUGAGACGUGUCUCAACUAAAAGUAGUUUACACGCUAACUACAUUCCAAGUUUAGAGAGGCUGGUCGAAGAGCCGUCACCUUCGCACAAAGGUUUCCAACAGCAAAUCGAUAAUGCAGUUUUGGAAAGUGCUGGAUCCAGUGAGCGUAAAGACUUGGGCGAAGUAGUAGUCAGUUACUGGACAAGAGCUGAACAGCAAGGCAGUGAUCCUCGACUCACGACUAAACAGAGUGGCUCAUUUGACAACAAGGCUCGAACAUCAUCUCUUAGUCUGGUUAAUGAAGUCACUGAAGAAGUUUUAUUUAAGAGAUCUUCAACCAACAAGAAAACAGUGGAAGCAUAUCUGUCUGGAAGAGAUGUGUUUGUUUCUGCACCAACCGGAGCUGGGAAAAGUUUGACUUUCGAGCUAGCUCCGUGUGCAUUUGAUUGUUUGAAUGGAGAUUAUGCGAAUAGCAACUCCAUCGUCUUGGUGGUGGUUCCGCUUAUUUCCCUGAUGAAAGAUCAGGGAGACGACUAUUCUGAACAACAGUUACAGGACAUUUUAGAUCUUAAAGUUAAACUGGUAUUUGGAAGUCCAGCGACGAUUCUCAGCAACUAUCGCCACAUUGUUGCUCCGCCUUUCUCGGCUUCAAUGGACUUCCUCGGUGAUUUGAAGCUCUCUCUUACUUCAAGAAUCUUCCGAACUACGGUUUCGUUUUUCUCUACGCAAUUUCGGCACAAAAUGUCAUUCAAUGAUCAAUUUUUUGUAUACUACCAGUUGUUUGAACAGAUCAGUGAAGAGGAAUUCGAAAAGCAAGUCAAGGAGAAGACGAAGCAGCGACGCGUCACGAUUGCGACAGAACAUCCUGUCAGUGAACUUUCGCCUCAUUAUGCCACUAAACUGGAAAAAGAAGCCUUCAGGAAAAUUAAAGAGUGGAAAGAAGGAUUUGCCAUCAGGCUGGACCAAGUUUUGAAACAGAGGCAAUUUCACACCCAAGACAACGACAACACGGAAAAAUCACAUAGAGAUAAAUGCGCCAAUCAAAACAAUGACAACGCGGAUAAAUCACAUGGAGAUAAGUGCACCAAUGUCUCCGCAAUUCAACAAGAUCUUCCCUGCCAAGAGUUUACCAUUCAGCCUGUUCCUAAGUCAUUAAAACCACGGCAAGAUCCAAAACAGCAGGUCCUUAUCGAAUUAAGAGGAGUCUCUGAGAUUUCGGUAAGAGGUAUAGGCAAUUCAAGUGGCUGUGAAACUGGUAGCAGAAUUCUUCAGGAAAUUAAGAAACAGCGCAGAAAUAGCAAAAGACUCGGCGAAAAAAACUUGAUAGAAGACCUAAGCUCUUGGCAUCGACUGGAGACUGGAAGAAUCACCAGCGAACUUCGUUCUUACAUGUCAGAUGUUCAACAUGUCAGAGGGCUGCUCUGUUCCCUCAAGGAAACCAUUGACACUAUUUUUACCGCUACUAUGCAAAGAGUAGAUGACCUUGUCAGCAGCUCUACCGCGGAGAACAACGCACGCCAGGAGAAUGCUCGAGGCGCGUACAAUGAAGCAGCGUUGUUGAAAAAUAAGAUACAAAGAGUAGAGGAAGAGCGAGACAGGUUGGUCAUGGAAAAUGGGAGUUUGAAAAAACAGAUAGCUGAGCUUCGAAACAAGUUAGACCAAGCGCAGAAAGGUAGGAUGAAUUUGACUUCAAUAAAAAGUGAUAAUUAUAAUAACAUUUGAUUUUGUGGAGUUUGUUGAUCUAGACAAUGUUAAACGUUACCAAACAGUAGAGGAUGUCUAAAAUUGAAAGAUGUAAGGAAAUACGUCUA